GCUACGAAGUACUCAAAGUUUGUUCUAACAUGCGACACAUGCGACACAUGCGAUAUCCCUGCUGCGUCAUACUUAACUCUAUUAACAACAUUAUUAACAGAUAUUCUUUUAUUUCACGAUUGCGUAUCUUAAUAUUAGCCUUCGCAUAAGGAAACAGCUUCGUGCCAUACCUUCCUCGAAACCCUUCCAACUCAUUUACUCUCUACCUACGCUCUACUCUGAUACCGAAGGUAAAGAAAAUACAUAUCAUAGCCUUUCAAUACGAAUUUCGUGCUUGGGAUAGCUUCAUAUAGCAUCCCAACUUGACUCUCGUCGACCCCUAUCCAAGUCCAUCUGGCCGGUAUCUCCAUCAUCUCGUAACCGGUGAGGCGAUUCAGAGGAUUCUCCGGUCCAUCCUCAAAUGUCUCAACCUAGCCAGCAGGUACUUGCGGCCGCUGCCCUUAGAGGGCCUGCAAAGCUGGCCGCAGUCACAAGUUUGAUGGAAAAACUGUCACAAGAUCUGGUUUCCGCCAGCCUAUCCUCUCAACAACGCGACUCUGCCUUAGAAGAACUCAAGAUAUACGGAAGAGAUCCUCAGAAUGCAGAUCCCAUAUUUACAAAAGAGGGCAUAGAGACGCUUGCCCGACAUGCAUUCAAUAGUCCAUCCAGCACUACAUCCAGGAAUGCUUUGCGAGUUCUCUGCAAUGCGCUACUCCUGAAGCCAGAGACUCGUCAGGUUUUCGUCGACCUUGGAUACGAGGGCAAAUUAUGUGACAAAUUGCAGAGUGAUAGUCGCGAUGACGAAUUUCUAGUUUCCAGGAUACUCUUUCUAACGACUUAUGGCACGGACACGGACUUGACUGAGCUCAUUGAUAAGCAUCAUCUUGCAGAUGCUAUCAAUAAGAAUCUUGAGCGGCAUGCAAAGCGUCGCACCACUGGAAGCCCGGUGACGGACCCCAUGGAAGACAUGGCGCUCACGGAGACGCUCAAGCUCCUCUUUAAUAUUACCCACCAUUGCAAGGACCGAGUUUCCUCAUUUACCUCAGCUAUACCCCACAUCGUUACCUUAUUAUGCAAAGGUUCAUUUCAAGUUCAGAAACCGUUGGACCCCCCUAUCGGCCAAUUAGUCCAUGCCCUCCUUAACCUAGACCUUGCCGCCAAAGAGGUUCAGGCAUUUCUCUUCCCCGAAAACGAUCCUAGUGCUCUAUCUAACCGUCUGAUCGAUCUACUAUCCGCUUCGACCACUGCGUAUGAAAAUGAGGACCUAGAGCCGUUGAUUACGCCCUUAGUUAGCGUGAUCCGUGGGAUUCACGAACACGCCUCUGCGGACGUAAAGAAGUCUAUACGCACUAGGCUUUUGCCAACCGAAGACGACAGGGCUGAAGUACUCGGCCGGACUAGUACCCUGCCUUCUUGGCUAUUGAAGAAUUCGACGAAUCCUUUAACACCUUCGCUGAGAGAGGUAAUAUCUAAUUUAUUGUUUGAUAUGUCUGACAGAGAUGCAUCAAAGUUUGUCGAGAACGUGGGCUAUGGCUUCGCCUCCGGUUUCCUAUUCAGCAGGAACUUGCCGGUUCCUGAUAACGCCUCAGAAGCGUUCAGCACUGCCACGGGUGGACCUGAUAGACCCGUCAACCCCAUCACGGGCCAGUUCCUAGAUGCCGAAAGACAGCCCGAGGGGCCCGAGAUGACCGACGCCGAGAAGGAAAGGGAGGCAGAACGGUUGUUCGUCUUGUUUGAAAGGCUGAGAGCGAAUGGUGUUAUUUCUGCUGAGAAUCCAGUGCGAACAGCUGUCCAGGAGGGCCGAUUUGAAGAGCUGCCUGAUGAUUACAAGGAGGAUUCUGAUUGACCUGGUCUUCAGGAAACCCCAAAGCUGGGUCUCAAUAAUUUGCUUACAACGUAUCAUAUCCGAUACAUAUUGAGACGCGAUUACGCUCCAAGUCUGAUGAAAUCGGGAAUGUAUAGUUUGGCGUAUUUGCGUGUAUAUUAGGUAGCCUACGGUGGCCAUGUCGAUAUUAGGACGUGAUUCAAGCUUAUGCUGCUGGCAUUAAGAUUUCAGAUGGUGCACACAAAAUGGAAGAUGCUCUCGGUAUACGAAAUCGCCAGCCUCAGUACUUCAGCCUUGGUUUAUAGUUCCUUGCGGAACAAGUUGGUUGUUUCCACGCCUUCUAGGCCCACAUCGUGAAAGUUGUAUAUAUGUAUAUGUUACUAGGUGGAACCAAGCAGCAUGGAAAUAACUUUGGCAUUCCGCAAGAAACUCUUAACCUACCUAACUAUGAGGGCCUGUGACUAUACAUAGGUACUAAAUAUGCCCUUUGUUCCAAAGGUCCCAUAAUAUACGAG